AAGGGAGCACUGUUGCCAUCCAGCAAAACGCUCGACGAUACCGACCAGGCUAUUGCAUACACUCUGAACCAAUACUACAGCAAAAAAUCGGACCCGACCAUAUUCCAUGUCAUGUACAAUGAUGAGCCCUACAAUAGUACCUCUGCUUCAUUGCUUGAAAUGCUGACGUCAAACCGUGUGCACCCAGCUGCCAUACAGUUUGGUCACACAAAAGGUACAAUGUUCUUCGAUGAAACUGACGGCAUAUGGUUGAUUCACAGCGUUCCGAAGUUCCCACCACCGGAUCACUACCAGUACCCAACCAGCGGACACGACUACGGUCAGACAAUGUGGUGCCUCUCCCUCCCGUAUUCUCAACUAGAAAAAAUAGCCACUCAACUUUACUACAACAAGCCUGACAUUUAUUCUUCACAAUUGCCGGUAAAAAUGGCGGCUGACUAUCCACUGUUAUCAAAGGUGAUUGCCGGACAAUACAAGCAGGGUGAACCAUAUUCCAGUACCCUCACCCUGACCACUAAAGGCGGAACGAAUUUCAUCUCAUUUGCGAAGACCAACGAGUUCAACAAUGAUCUCUAUGACGGUAUUGUUGCCCCAUAUUUGAAAGCCGACCUCAUCGCUGAGACUUGGCGCCGAGGUUCCGAGGUGCCUCUUCAAUGCUCUCUCACCUACCACACCAACGAUGCUCUUCAGAUUCAAGUGGGAGCAACGAUGGAGUUCAAAUACACAAAAGAUCAUUCGAAACUGGCGCGAUCGGCGGAUUCGACCAGGCCGUGGGUCUGCAUUGGCGACGUCAACCGAAUGACCACCCAAUACAUCCGCGGUGGCGGCACGACAUGUCUUUCGAGUACGUUUGUCUGGCAGGCGUUCAACGUUAUAAAGGACGAAAACAACUGCUAA